AUGUCUCAUGCUCAUUUCGCUAGCACCGGUGUUGCUGAGACGCCGGUAGAGCGUGGACCAAGUUACGCAACCUCCGCUGCCUACUACGUGACUAGAACCACCCGCCGGCCUUUAAAGGAAGGAGAAGAGUCCCCAACAGCAACAACUGCUGCUGCGGCUGCGGAAGCCGUUCGCAUACAAAGCGAGACCCGGAAGAGCGGCACCGGUGAAGAGGCUUCUCCCGUCGACUAUGAAUUGGCAUCUAAGGGUGCCGCAGCAAGCCUGCGUCGUCCUUCGGACCAAGUCGACAUGAAUCCGGAAAGGUUUAUCACUCCCGAAGAAGCCCAGCUAAGCAGAGCUGGGUCAAAGGCAGCGUUGCGAACAAUCCGUGAUCGUAGAGAGACUCUUGAAUCAGAGGCGGUUCUCGAGGAUAUACGCGAAAAGGAUCGUACCUCAAAGAUGGCUGCAACCGGCGCCAUGGCAACGACUCACAGAAGAGUCGAUUCCGGAAACGUUCAAGAGGAAUUACCGGAUUUGACUAACGCGCUCUCAGCAGCAUCUAAGAGUCAACAAGUAGUCGGCGAGGAGCAAGCCGUGAUGCAAACUGUCGAGCCUACUUUCGAUCCGGCGAAAAUGCAUCAAGUGGCAGUGAGCAAGACACAGCAAAACCUUGCGGCUUCAUUUCCCCCUCGAGGAACGCAGGAUGAGACUGCAAAACAGGAUACAUUGCGCGCAGCGGCAGUUACUAUGGCGAAGCAAAUGUACUCGCUCAUGCCCGAAGCUCAAGAAAUUGCUGCUGCCGAGACCUCGGGCGGCUCUAACAUCCGAAGCCAGUUUAUAAUCGGUUUGGACACGGGAACUCAUCCCAAAAAUUUGAUGUUGGAGGCCCAAAAGAGGGUUUCCCUUCGAUUGGCCCAGAUGGAUAAUGAACAACAGUCAACUAUGAUAUAUCACAGCGCUCGUGGGUCUCCAAGACCUCCUUCGAUCACCUCCUUUAGGAGGCGACUCCCAUCGACAAGCGAUGCAGAAACAAGCAGCUUUGUCCGCGGUGCACCAAGAGCGCCCAUUUGCACGGCACACGUGCGGGAAGAGGCGAAUGGCGUGACUAGGCCUCCUGGAGACACCGCCCUUAAUGGAAAUUUGUACAUGUAUUCCGGGCGGCCAUCCCCAGCGGUAUUGCGUGAAUGGGAGCGUAAAAUCAAUGAACGUGAGAUGGCUGUCAAAGCCCCGCCAACCUGGUCAUUUGUUCCGAUGACUGGAACCAAAUUCGAGGACAACCCUUAUGUUCGGGAUGUAGCUCGUUCAAAGUUGCAGCCAACACUUGAUGUGAUUGAUGACCGAGUCAUCGAGAGAAGAGCCCGGGUGAUCGAAAAGAAGCUUGGCAAGGCGCAUGAAAAACGUUAUCAAAAACGACAAAGGGAGAGAGAAGUGGAGACAAUGAAAGUGCAUAACAUGUUAUUAAAGCUUGCGAGGAAGGAUGGAAGAUCGCAAACAAAGAAGCAAGGGGAAGAUUUACAUGACGAGGAUCGAAAGAAAGGCAAGAAAAAGGUACACAAGGCAGAAAAGAUACCUGAGAAAGAAGAUGAAGGAAUCGAUGGCGUUCCAGCGGAUACACAUACUGCACCUAGGUCUCGUGUUGACCAAGAUAGUGCGUUGGGUCCCGAAAUGGCCGCUGGACCCGCAAGAAAGGAAGAAGCUGAACAAGUAGCGCCAAUGGAACCGGUGAUGCAGCCGAACGGGACCUCGAGAGCAGCUAUCCCAGAAUCAACUCCGCAGGAAAAUGUUCACCAAUCCGGAGAACCUGGCCUUCCCGGGGUUGUGAGUCAGUGGAGCACUUCUAACGAUGGCGAACCGGCUCGACCAGUCGAACCAGAACAGCAGACACCCAUUCCACCGAAGCAGGCCAAGCGUACCAGCAAUCGGUUCAGUUUGAAGACUAUAUUCAGCCGCACAACUGUGCGUGAUACAGGGAAGCAAGGCGCUUUUGUGGUCCAAAAACGCACUACCGCUGUUGCUCGAGACGGUAUCGAAAACGGGGCCUCUGCAGCGCCGAUGCCAGCCCAGCCUGUCGUAGCAUCCCUGCCAGAGCCUCAACCAGGGAUCGUCCCUCGAAGUUCAAAAUUCCAGGAGGAUUUGUAG